UAUUACAGUAAGAAGAAAAUAUCAAGUAACAGCUGCUGAACAAACGUAUACACAAGGAGAAAGAGACGUCAUUCGUCCUAAGAGAAAUGACGCUGACCUUCUGAAACGCCAAUUAUGGAUGCGAAGAAUGAAUUUAGCUAUAACUAUCUAAAAUAUUCUUUUUGACAAGGCAAAAUUACUAGGUUACUGAUGCAAUAUAAUGUGUGCAACCCGUGUUCAAUCCCUCAUUUGUUAAAUACGGCUUUAUGACUAGCCAUGGGUUGACCAUGGGUCACUUCGUGUGUCGGAAAGCCACGCCCCUUAUUACUGAUGUCACAGGAACAAAUCCCCCCCAAAGUAAACUCCGCGGAUAAAACUCACGCGUUGCUGGACAGGAAGCAGGUCGACAAGCGUAAGGGGUCCGUUGUGACGUUCAAAGACCACCGUAGGGUGAUACAAUAAUAGAAGCAGCAGCAGCAAGAGCAUUGGCUUUCUGUUCACCAGGCAUGGCGAGUAGCCCCCCAAACGUCUUGACGCCGCUUGCCCGGGCUCUGUCCCACCAUCAACUGGACACGGCAGAAUCCAACGAGGUGGUAUCGCCUCGAAAUGCCCAGGUCCAUCCGUGCCGAAGGAGGCAGCUAACGAGCUGCGGGUCGUUCGAUGGCACCGAAUUGGCCAGCUCGCCGAGUGUGGUCGAAGCGCGCGUCUUGGUCCUCAACACGGGAGGGACCAUCGGGAUGACACUCACGGACAACGUUCUUUCACCGAAAGCCAACGCUUUUGUGCAGAUUUUACGCAAGCUGCCCAUCCUUCACGAUGAGAUGUAUGCACAGCAGACCUGCAUGUAUGACUACUAUGGAUCCGAGCGCACUUUAGUCCUACCGAUGCCGACCACUCAUUCUGACCCACUAUUCCACAGUCUGAGUAAAACCAAAAAGAGGAUCAUCUACACAAUUAUAGAGUACAGCCCUUUGUUGGAUUCGGCCAAUAUGACCCCAGACGACUGGGGCAGAAUAGGAAAGGACAUAGAGAAAAACUAUGAAUCUUAUGAUGGCUUCGUGAUCCUUCAUGGCACAGACACCAUGGCCUAUACGGCCUCUGCACUUUCUUUCAUGUGUGAACAUCUGGGCAAACCCGUCGUCCUCACCGGCUCACAAGUGCCUAUCUAUGAGAUGAGGAACGAUGGCAGAGACAACCUGUUGGGGGCACUGUUGAUCGCCGGCCAGUUUGUCAUCCCUGAGGUGUGCCUGUACUUCUACAACAAGCUUUAUAGAGGAAAUCGUGUGACCAAAGUGGAUGCUGGGAGUUUUAAUGCAUUCACAUCCCCUAAUUUGGCUCCACUAGCCACCGCAGAGGUUGAUAUUGCAAUAAACUGGGACACGGUGUGGAGGGCAAACACCACAGUAAAGUUUCAAGUCUCCACUGAGCUCAACAGGAAUGUCGGCCUGCUGAGGCUCUUCCCAGGAAUAACUGCUGCCACUGUGAGGGCCUUCCUGCAGCCACCCAUGGAGGGAGUGGUUCUGGAGACCUAUGGCAGUGGAAACGGCCCGGAUAACCGCUCUGACCUGUUGGAGGAGUUGAAGAAGGCCACCGACUCUGGCGUCAUCAUCAUAAACUGCACACAGUGUCUGAGGGGGACGGUGUCUACAUCCUACGCCACUGGAAAGGUAUUGAUGGAUGCCGGGCUCAUAACUGGCGGUGACAUGACUCCAGAAGCCGCCCUAUCAAAACUGUCCUAUGUGUUGGCCAAGGAGGACCUAAAUCUAGAUGCCAAAAAAAAGAUGAUGGGCCAGAACCUGCGAGGUGAAAUGACUGCUGACUUGGCAGGAGCCAAGUUUAGUCUAAGUGACAGUCGAUUCAUCCAGGUUGUCGCCAAGUCUUUGAGCAUUAGCUGCAAAGAGGAGCUGGAGGCCAUCCGUGAUGCUCUGACACCUUCGCUGGCUUGUGCAGCCACAAAGAUUGGUGACAUCGAGGCCUUAGAAACCCUAAAAGAAAUGGGCAGUAAUUUGUGUCUGGGCGACUAUGAUGGACGGACCCCUCUGCACAUUGCUGCCUGCGAAGGAAACCUGAAAGCGGUGCAGUACCUGCUGACGAUUGGCGCCACAGUUUAUGCAAAAGAUCGCUAUGGCGACACACCCUUGUGUAACGCUGUACACUUCAGGCACAAGGAUGUCGUCAAGCUCCUGAGGAAGACAGGAGCCCACUUCUCCCGAGACGAGUUGGAGGAGGCAGGAUCAGAACUUUGCAGCCUGGUAGUUAGUGGCGACCUGGAGGGGCUGGAAAUAUGGAGUCUUGCUGGAGCUGAUCUGAAUAAACCAGGCUACGAUGGGCAGACAGCAGUUGAAUUGGCCAACGCUGCCGGCAAACCAGAAGUAGCGACCUUCAUACACAACCUCCUAAACAAAAAAGUGAUGACAGCAUUUUCAGGAUUGAAUGAUUAUGAUGAAUAUGAUGAGGAUGAGGAGAACGGCGGCGGGAUUGAAUUCGCGGCCUCUCCUGCUGAAAGAGAGCCCCAGCCGCUUUGUCCAGUUGCCAAGUGACAUCCACUUUCCUCUCACUUGUAGUAUAUACUCAGGCGCAGCUUGUUUGAAGCCGCAAAUGAUUCUCGCGUCCUUGUCCAAUUGCGUUAUAAGCACAACACAGGUUUGAAUGCACAGCAUAGUUGAAUGUUGGCACAAAUCACAUAUAAAUAUUUGAUAUUAGUACAAAUCUAUGUUUGAGGGUACACGUGAUAUUAUUGUGGACUAUGAACCAAAUGCUGCUGUAAAUUAAAAGAGCUGAUACGGUAUCCUUACUGUGAGUAUAACAAUAAAAUCAAGUUCAGGGCCUUUUAUUUUUGUACUUAUUUUUAUAGUGCGAUCAUAACAAAGACACUGAAGAAAAGCAUCUUUUUGUUGCUCUCCCUUGGUCAAAUACUUCCAAGAGUGUCCUGCUGCCAGAACACGUGAUAGAAAACUGUGAAGUGACUCUGCCGACUGAUCCGUCCUGUUUCUCAGCCGGAAGUUGUCGAGCCGGAAGAGUGGCAUAGCUCUCUCGCUGAAACGGAACUGGCAAUUUCAGUUACAACCGGGUUUCUGCAUGUGAUCCUUUUAAUGUAUUUUAUUCAUGUUUAGCGUAGUUGCCUUUUCCUUCUGCCGUGCUCACUUGUAUCUCUUCUUUCAUUGUCGUACUUAAGCAAAGAGCUGACUGAGUGUUGAAUGCCAUUCAAAGAAUUGUUUCUUGUUUUUAAAGGAAAACAAGUCAUCAUGCUGUUUCACAAUUUAAUUUCUUGCUGCUGCUGUUUUUUUUUGUGAUACUGUUUC